CUCUCCCCCGGUUCCCUCGGGCCUCGCCGCUUCCUCCUCCUCGCUCCGUGCUGCUCCGCUGCCGGUGUCCGUGUGCGGGGCUGUCCGGUGCGGCCCUGGUCCGUCGGGAGCAGGGGAAGCGCUGGGGUUAAAGGCUGUCAGGUGUAUGGUGCGUGUGGAAAGCGCUGAGCAAGAGGCUGGAGAGUGAAGCGGGCAAGUGAUGGCCAUGAAGUCCUGAGCACUGAGGAGGAGCAGGAAGGGCACAGGGAGCAUCCAGGCAUCCCAAGGCUGCUCACCCAUAGGACUUCAUUCCCUCAUGCUGCGGAUGGAGAGCUGUUCUCACCAAAGGGGACCAGGCAUCUCCCCAUGACCUGCUGCUGAGCGCCCUGCCCUCCAGUGCACGUGGAGCCCUUUAAGUGUGCACCCAAGCCCGUGGUACUUCUCACUCCCAGUGUGUGCAGUUCCUGCCUGCUUGGCCCUUGUGCUCGCUGGCUGUGGUCAGAGCAUGGAGCUUUGGGGGUUCUGCCAUUCCUUCCCACAGCCUGAAGCUGUUGUGUUCACUUAAGGCUCUGUGUUCACUUCAGUUCUUAAGGCUGCUGGUUCUCUGACCCUUAAGGACCUUGCACGGCGUGAAGGAAUCUGCACAUUCCUGAGCAGCAGAUGUGUGCUUCCUCUUAUCCUCACCACCUCUCAGCACUGUGUUUUAUUUGCACUACUGAGAAACCCUGUGUAGGAUCCCAAAGGCAAGAAGUAAAAUCUCUUAGUUUUAGGUUUUUUAGCUGUAGACAAUGUAUUUUUGUAGCUAUCAUAAGAGUGCUCUUUGCAGAAUUAUUUCUAUUUUCAUAUAAAAAGCAGGUCGUGAACUAAAAUACUAUCCUUGUGAUAUUUGAAAGGAACUUCAGUCACAACCUCCUUACCCCCUGUUUAAUCUUCUCUGCUUUUUAACCUGUUCUGUUGUAUUCUCCUUGUCAGGUGGAAGAUGGGACCAUUUCCCUUGUGUUUUAGGUGACUCUGAUACCUGUUGCCAUGAAGUCCCGAAGGAGAUAGAGGGACAGUAGUGGGAAUUUCUUCUCACUCCUCCAAAAAACCCCCAACAGUUGCCUAAUGGGAUUACCUCUUACACUGACGUGAUGGGGAGCUGCUGCAGUUGUCUGUGCAGAGACAGCAUCCCAGACAACCAUCCCACCAAAUUCGAGGUAACGAACGUGGACGAUGAAGGUAACGAGCUGGGAUCUGGGAUUAUGGAGCUGACACAGAUGGAGCUCAUCUUGCACACUCACAAGCGAGAUGCUGUCAGGUGGCCCUACCUCUGCCUGCGCCGCUAUGGCUACGACUCCAACCUCUUCUCCUUCGAGAGCGGCCGACGCUGCCAGACGGGGCAGGGGAUUUUUGCCUUUAAGUGUUCCAGAGCUGAGGAGAUCUUUAACCUGCUCCAGGACCUGAUGCAGUGUAACAGCAUCAACGUUGUGGAAGAGCCUGUUGUCAUCACCAGGAACAGUCACCCUACCGAGCAGGAGCUCUCCAGGACCCCCCAGGCACCCAACAGUCUGGGUUACACUGUCCCAGGAUUUCCUAAUGGAUUUCACAGCUACUCUGGAGAAACCCUACCAUUCUCUGCAGCCCACCACCCCUCUGUGAGCAGCCUGAAGCAUUCCUCUGUGGGUGAAGACUCGACUCAUGCCCUUAUAGGGCCUGAUGAGCAGUCCCACACCUACGUCAACACGGCCAAUGGUGAUCAGGAGUUGAGGGGCCGACACUGUAUGCACUCCUUGCCUGAAGUCCACCCUCCUUUCCCCCAUAGGAACCGCAGCUGCUCCCUCGAAGACCGCAAUCCCCAGGUCUUCCUGCAGCCAGGGGAGGUUAAGUUCGUGUUAGGUCCCACAUCCACCUGCAGACGCGCCUGUCGGCACCACCGGGAGUGCAGGACACACUUCUGCCCCCCCAACAACAACAACAACGAGUGCGAGGAGGAGUGUCCUUCGCCCCAGUGUGUCUAUGAGAACGUCAAUGGCCUGCUGCCCCCCAGCACCUCCUCUCUCUGCCGAGGCGGGCGCUUGAAGCUGCCCCGGGAGGACUCGGGCUGCUCCCAUCGCAGGACGGGGUUGCUGCACUAUGAGAACUUGCCAUCGCUGCCCCCGGUGUGGGAAUGCCAACCCCUGCCGCGGGGCGAGGAGGAUGCAGGUGAUGUGCUGACACCUUCCCCCAGCGGCUACUCCGAGGCUGGUGAAGAAGAUCCCCUCCAGAACUACAUGAACUCGGAGGGGACGGGGCUGCACCGGGGCCAGCGGCGCAGCAGCUUCCUGCCCAAGCCUCGGCGCAGCUGCCUGCCCAACGUCUUCAGCUUCGACUUCCCCCGGCCCUGCCCGGAGCAGCCGCGCCAGCUCAACUACAUCCAAGUGGAGCUGGAGGCUGAGCCCCACAAGGGCCAUCAGAACUCCCCUGCCUCCCGUGUCCCAGCUCCUGCCAGCCCUGACACCCGCCGGACGGACUCCUACGCGGUCAUCGACCUAAAAAAGACAGCAGCCAUGUCCAGUUUGCAACGGGCCCUGCCCAGAGAUGAUGGGACCUCACGGAAAACUCGGCAUAACAGCACUGACCUGCCCUUGUGAGGGGGCCGCCGGGUGCAAUCACCGUGUCGUGGCUUCGGGACCUGCCUUCAGCCUGACUUCCAUUCGCCAUUGCCUUCUGCUUCCCUGUUUAGCCCAUUCCUUGGCGUCACGGGAUGGCUCCUACAGCUGCUGUUAAGCCUAGUCUGUCUGUCUGUCCUCCCCUCUCUGUCUGUCCCAUGUAGUUCGUUUUUGAAGCCUUGUGGGGUAUUCAGCAUCGCUGUUUGAAGGUUCAGCCUCCAGCAGGAGGGGCAGGAGGUGCCAGCAGUGGCACCGGUGCUGUGUGGGUCCAGCCUUAGCUCUGCUGUCGCCUGGCAGCUCCAUGAGCAGUGCCAACAGCCUGGCUCCAGAGGCAGAGCAUAGCAUGGUGGAGGCAUGUUUCCAAAAGUGAGUUGCUUUAGGAGCUCCACUGCAAAUCCAGCCUGUUUUCCAUGGAUUCCAUGCCUUGUGGCUCGAGGCGACUGCUGCAGCUGGGCCUUGUGGUUUCACUGGUCCAUGGGGAUGUGGGGGCUCAUGCUGUGGUCUUUCCCCCCUCAACUCCUUCCUCCCCUCUGCACUGUUACGUGUUUUCUUGUAGAAGCUUCUGAUGCUUCUGUCCCUCUCUCAGAUUCCAUUAGAAUUGGGCAGCUCUAGAAACGAAGAGGACAGACAGCCAUGGGCACAGACACUGUGAUCACAUAAACCUGACUUCCUAAAGAGACCCUGCUUUAAAAGGAGGGGAAGACCACAACUGUGAGAGAGGUUUGAGGUUUGGUACGGAAAACUUGUACCAUACCCUGCUCUUUAAAGGUUCUUUUAUGGUGGCUGUUCCAAAAUGGUGUUGAUUUAUUUAUUCGCUUAUUUAUUUACUCAAUGAUGUUUUGCAUCCCAAUGGUAAUCGCCCAAACCAGUGCCAACAGCACACGAGCACUCGCUGUGCCUGGGGGACAGCUCUCAGAAGAGGCUGGUGGCUUUGCUGAGCUGCUGCUGGGGAAAAGAGCAGUUGUGGCUCAAUAGACAUGUGUAAACUGGGAGCGACUGGCACAUGCUGGGUGGGAAAUGGGAGACGUGGGAGUGCGAGCGGAGCUGCCAGGCAGCCGAGCCUGGAGUUGUAUCAGAGUCUUUGCCUUCACCCACGUGCCUGGCUGGCUCCAUGAGGAAUGUUUGAUGGGUGUUUGGAGGGGAUGUGCACUUUGUUUCCUGCAGCUGGGGGCUUGGAAGGGCUCAGCUUCAGCUCCUGGGGAGAUCUGUGGCCUUUGAUGUGGAUUUCUCUCUUGGUACCAGGGCUGAGUGGAAGCUGAGCUGUGAGGCCUCUGCAUGAAGCCCUGUGUAGGGUCUCUGCCCCUGUCCUGUUGCAGGCUGUCCCACCACCCCUCUCCCCAUGGUGACACACUGCAGCUUAGUCCCUCCCUGGCUCACUCUUUGCCAUUAUAAGCUAUUCCAAUAUGACACAAGUGCUCUGGAUUCCCACCCUUCUGCUGCCUGUGUUCAUCUUCCUGCUAUCGGAGUGGGGAGAUCCAGUGCUCUCCGAUGUGUCUCACUGCCAAAUCUUGCUGUGUUCUCCUUGUCCUUAAGGUUUCCAGUGUCAAAGCCUCUGGAAAGAGGAGAGAACCUCCUUGUCCUGUUGCAACCUGCUUCUGAGGUCCAGAAACUUGAUGUCCAGAAUGCAGUUCAGCCUUUUUGGGUUUGGUGCUGUAGUGUCAUGCUGAAAUGUGGCCCUUUUGGGAGCAAGGACAUGUGCCUGCAGCUCAGAAGGUGUGAGCAGUGCCAUGUUUGUGUGGGCAGAACGUGGAUCCCUUGGCUUGCUGCUGCACUAUUAAUUCAAAGUGUGCCUCAUGCUUAAAUUCACUGGGUUUUUGGGAAGUGCUUGUGCUUGUCUUCCAUUCUGUUCCCCACCCCAUCCUUUGUGUCAUCUGUAACUGCGAGGAAACCCAAGUAAUAUAUUUUUAUAUGGAUGCCAAAUGAAUUUGACAGGGAAAGGCAAUGUAUCCCCCUAAAUCUAGCUUUCAGUUAGGGAAGUGAGAAGAGAAAUUGUUUAUAUAUAUUAUAUAUAAAUAUAUCUAUGAAAGUUAACUGCAUUAAGCUUUAAAUAAAUGAUUAAACUGAAGAGUUUCUCGGCUGUGUCACCCUAUGGGGCAGCUCCGGCCUGGCUGCAUGGCUGUGAUGAACGGGAGAAGGCUGCUGUGAGGGUCUGUAGGCGCUGCUUGCUCCAGGGACCAGGUCUGUGGGCACUGGGAGCCCCAGGGUGGCAGAGCCAGCAGUGCUGGCCGGUGUCGCAGCUUCCUCUAGUGGCCACGCUGGAAAUGGUUUCAGAGGAGGAAUCAGCGCUGGGUUGAAAGGCGAAGAGAGCAUCAGGGUUUUCUCAUCCCUUCAGUUCUCUGAUUUCAUAGGGACAGGCCAAGGGGAAUGGCUUGAACCUGCCCGAGGGGAGACUGAGCUGAGCUCUGAGGCAGAAGCUGUUCCCUGUGAGGGUGCUGAGGCGCUGGCACAGGGUGCCCAGAGCAGCUGUGGCUGCCCCAUCCCUGGCAGUGCUCAAGGCCAGGUUGGACACAGGGGCUUGGAGCAGCUGCUCCAGGGGAAGGGGUCCCUGCCUGUGGCAGGGGUUGGAGCUGGAGGAGCUUUGGGGUCCCUUCAACCUGAACCACUCUGAUUCAAUGAUAACUCCCCUUGUUACCAUUUCCUUUUGGUUCAAAAUGAUGUUUAAGCAAUUUGCAGUAUCUAUAUGGCACCUUGUCCAGAGGGAUCUUUGCUUUGAGCCUGGUCUCCAUCCCCUGCCUGUGGGAUUGACAUUCCGGGGAUGACUUGGCAAGCAGCCUGUGCUCUGCAGCAGGAAUUUGACUGUCUUAACCUUUGUAAGUGGUUCUUGUUUGAGUUUUGAGUUAAUCAAUGAGACUUCUUCCCCUGAUCAUUCUUCCCUGGUGAAUGCAUAAACAGAUCUUUCACCCUUCCUUUGCCAAGAUCCUGUUGGUAGGAAUACAGCUGCUCCUGGUGCUCAGCUGUCUGUUACCAUGGCAGGGUUUGGAUUUGCCUUCUCCUUUUAACCCAUUUUAUGUUCCUGCUUUUCCUCCAGGGAAGGAUGUUGGAAUAUCCUUGAGCUGUACCUGCCUUACAGGAGGGGAUGGCAAAGGAGAGGCUGGAUUGUGGGGGUUAAAUGAUCACUAUUUCUGCAGAGAGGCUCACAUGUGUUAGCUAGGACUGAAGUGUUGUGGUUUUUAUUACCUAAGCCAUGCUGUUCCCUGGGGAAGAACCAAACCAGGGCUCAGCUCUCUCCUCCCCAAGCCUUUCCUCUCCCUCUGUGUGAUGCUGCUCAGCUCUUUGAGGUGGUAUCUGAAUGAUGGUUAAUGCCUGAAUUGAGCUCCUGCUCAGGCUGCUCUCAGUCCUUGUGGGAAGUUGGUCUUUCCCCCAGACUUGGCUCGUCCUGAAAUGCCACCCAGAGGUGGCAGAACAGGUUUAGAUCCUUGUUACCCAACAUGACCAAAGGUGAAUACGUUCAUGGAAAUCCUGAGAGCUUUCAAGCUGGCAAUUAUAGGCCAGGGUAUGGCAAAGGCUAAUGGUGAGCAAGGGGCCUAAUUUAUGUCUUCUUCCAUAAGUGAAUGUGAUUUUCCAGUUGAAAGGCCCAGAUGCAUCAGUGUUAUCUCCAGCUCUCCUCCCCUGUGGUUCCCCUUGUCGUUGUUCUGGUGUCUUUGGUACUGAACAUCCCUGAUACGGCAGAAGACCAAAGGUUUGUUGGGGUUCAGUUGCUCUGACCAGAGGGGUUGCUCUCGCUGUGUAAUUGCUUCUUCAGGUUGUUUCUAUGGGUGUCCCUCCCUGUAUCUCAUCCGGGUGUAGCCGUGAAGGUGAAGAACAGCAGCAGUGCUCUGUGACCUGGGGAGUGCUCAUGUCUUACAUUAAUGUGCACUACGAAUGUAUACAGAAUAAAUGGAACAUGAUGACUA